AUGUUACUCGGCUUCAAUCUUGGGCUUCAACCCUCCCUCAUGGCGCUCCUUCCGGGCAUAGUAGCCUUGCUCAUCAUCCGUCGCAUCGCCACGAUGGUGUACAGACUCUGGUUCCAUCCACUAUCAAAAUUCCCUGGCCCAUCAUCCUUGGCCAUCUCGAACUUACCGUUUCGCUACCACUCUCACAUUCAAGGUCUCUUCUUCAAGACAGUUGCACAACUACACAUUCAGUACGGACCCAUUGUGCGUAUAUCGCCCGACUCUUUGUCUAUCGAUGGACAGUAUGCCUGGGAAAGCAUUUACGUCCACAAGUCCUCUGGCGCGCCUGAAUGGCCCAAAGUCCCCGGCCACUUCUUCCCUGGUGAUCACAAUGUCCUCAUCAACGCCCCGCGCGAGACUCAUCGACGCCAACGGCGAGCUAUCGCGCCAGCUUUCAGCACUGUAGCCCUCAAUGAUAUGGAACCAGAUAUUGUCCGGCAUGUCCAUACGUUGCUGCGUGCGUUGGCGUCGACGGGGUCAGGGGAGUGCGUAGACAUUAUGAGAUGGUUCUACCUCCUCACCAUGGAUAUCGUCAGUGAUCUUAUUUUCUCCAACUCUUUCAAUAGCCUAGAGAACAGCACUCAGCAGAAGUUCAUCAUGGGCUUCUUCGAUUCCACCCAGGGGUUACAGAUAGGAAGUUUCCUCUUGGCCUUCCCUCUUCUGAUUCCACUGUUACCUCUUGCCUACAUGGCGGAUAUUGGUGGGCUCAAAACAAGUCGCAAGUAUGGGCUCUUUAUCGAAGCCAAAGCUAAAGCGCGAAUGGCUCUAGGUGCAGGCAGGGUCCCGUAGCGACUUCAUCACG